AUGAAUCCACAAGAAGUGUUCGCCAACCAAAUGCAGAUGCAAAAGUAUUGCAUCAACCCACAGUACCCACCGCCUGUCGCUGAAGAAUUUCAAGAAGACCAGAGCCAAGGCUAUUCCAUGCCCAUCACGGUGCCAAUGCAAGAAAAUGCUAGUAUGGCAUUGGCAUCGCCACCUACCGGAUACGGUGGAUGGGGCCCCGUUUAUCAAACGAAUCCCAUGCCAAUCCAAGCUCAACCCCUGCCCGAGCAAGUGCUAAACAACCCAUCUCCAACUUUCUUCGGCACACCCCCAUUCUCCAACCACUACGAUCCGAACCACAUGACGAACUUGACAUCAUCACUCGGCGGCCUUACACUGGGCCAUCAACAACCCCCAGUGAUUCCAAACAACCUAAUGUACCCGCCCACGCAGCCCAUCUUUAUGAUGCAGGGAAUGGGAAUGCAAGGGAUGAACGGAAUGCAGAAUAUGCCACAAAUGCCCAAUAUGCAUGCGCCAUUUGCGCCAAUAGGGAAUCAGAAUGGAUAUAUGGCAAAUGGAUUCGGGCAGAUGAGCGAGAUCAAUCAUCAAAUGAUUCAAGCACCGCCACCACAGCCAAAUCAGCAACGGCAGGGGCAUCCUGUACAGUAUCAUCCACCAAAUAAUAGAGGUUUCAACCGUAUGGAAGUCGGAACCGAUGGCGUCGUGCGAUCUGCCCUCCUCGAUGAUUUCCGCAACAACAGAACCCCCCAUCUCACCAUCAACGAUAUCACUGGUCAUGUCUGCGAAUUUGCACAAGAUCAACAUGGAUCGAGAUUCAUCCAACAAAAACUCGAACGAGCCCCGGCCCGAGAGAAACAACUGAUUUUUGAAGAAAUUAUCAAACAGGUACACCACUUGAUGCGGGAUGUCUUUGGAAACUACGUGGUACAGAAAUUUUUCGAAUUUGGAAUGCCAGACCAGAAGAAACGGCUUUGUGAUGCCAUUCGGGGUAAUGUCAUGGAUCUGGCGCUGCAGAUGUACGGUUGCCGUGUGAUCCAAAAGGCGCUUGAAGCGAUUGACGAACAGCAGCAGCUGGCCGUUCUGAAGGAAAUGGAAAGCCAAGUGUUGAAAUGCGUCAAGGAUCAGAACGGGAAUCACGUCGUACAGAAGAUUAUUGAAAAGGUUGAACCGGCUCGGCUGCAGUUUAUCGUUGAUGCUUUUGUCAAACAGACUGAUACGGUGUUCCAAUUGUCUACCCACCCGUAUGGUUGCCGGGUCAUCCAAAGAGUCCUUGAAUAUUGUUCUGAAGAGCAGAAAGAACCAAUCCUCCGUCGACUUCAUGAAAGUAUCAAACUUCUCGUCACCGACCAAUACGGAAACUAUGUUGUUCAACAUGUUAUUGAGCACGGCAGCGAGUCUGAUAGACAACAUAUCGUCUCCCAGAUUUGCCAAGAUGUUCUCCGCUUCUCCCAGCACAAAUUCGCCUCCAACGUUAUCGAAAAGGGCUUAACCUGUUGCUCCAAUGAACAUAAGAAUAUGCUAAUUGCAAGUGUAUGCGGAGUGCCGAAUGACCCCAAUCCGCCGUUGAUGCAAAUGAUGCGUGACCAAUAUGCCAACUAUGUCGUCCAGAAAAUGCUCGAUGUCGCCGACUCGGUCCACCGUAAAAAGAUGCUCUUCACCAUCAAACCCCACAUCCAGCAACUCAAAAAAUUCAACUAUGGAAAACACAUUAUUACGAAGCUUGAGAAAUACUUCAACAAAUCUGGGCUUACCACCCAGGUCAAUCCUCCAGCCCAGCCAGCCGCACACAACAAUGGUUUCAAUAUGGGAAUGGACAUCUUCCAACAGCAACAACCAUUU